AUGGCACCGUACGAGGUGUUAUAUGGUCGUAGAUGUGGUACUCUUACCUGUUGGACUGAGUUAGAUUCUGAUACCGAAGAGAAGAAAAAGAUACUGAGGUUUGGACAGAAGGGUAAGCUUAUCCCUAGGUUCAUUGGGCCUUACCGUAUACUGAAGCGUGUGGGGCCGGUCGCAUAUAAACUUGAGUUGCCUUCAGAAUUAGACUGGAUUCAUGAUGUGUUCCACGUCUCCAUGCUGAGGUGUUAUCACUCUGAUCCCACACACAUUGUAUCAAUCGAGGAGAUCGAGGUUAGGCCAAAUCUGACUUUCGAGGAGGAGCCAGUGCAGAUAUUGGACCGUGAGGUUAAAGUACUGAGGAAGAAAUCUAUUCCUCUAGUCAAAGUGCUUUGGUGUAAUUGCAGUUCAGAAGAAGCCACGUGGGAACCUGAGGAGGCGAUGCGUCGGCAAUACCCUCAUCUUUUCUGA